UAGUAGAUAGGUUUCAGUUAGUUGCUAUAGGCUAAGUCUAACCCUGGUCUGAUUCAGGGUGUAGUUGUGAAUAAGUCGUGCAGACAUGAAGUGUUACGGCCUUGGACUUCUAACGCUUUUCGGACUCGUCCAGUAUGGGUCUACAAUCAUGUGUUAUGAAUGCAACAGCGCAUCGAAUUCGAUGUGUUCAGACGCCGUCUUACCAGACAGCAUGAAGCGCAACUGUUCCGACCACGAUCGGGGAGUGUCCCACACUCUAUGCAGGAAGAUGAUACAGCAUGUUGAUUAUGGAAUAAACGGUCACUUGCCCGAAAGUAGAGUUAUUAGAGGAUGUGGAUGGGAUGAUACCCGGUACAAGGGUGUUUGCUACCAUCGGUCAGGUUAUGGUGGUCGGCAGGAGGUGUGUUCCUGUUUUACAGAUCUCUGUAAUGGAGCGAGCGACUUCUCUUCUCAUCCUCAUAUCGUCGUCAGCUUUAUUUUAAUAUGCGUCUUUAAAUCGCUUAACAAAAAUAUAUUUUAA